UCUACUUCUACGUGAAGCUCUCAAGCGAUCGAUCUGGCAUGAAGCCAAUGAAGUUCUUCAAUUUCUCGGAAUUGGGUUCCUGUUGCCGGCCACAAGGCACGCCGGCGCCGGAGCCGGAGGAGAGUGGAAGCCACGCGAGUAGUGGCCGCACCCCGACUUCGAAUUACCGCAGCAUAAGGUGUCCGGCGGGCACGAAAACGGAGUCGGCGGCACACUGGCGGCCGGCGCUUCCGGCGAUAUCGGAAGAUGCGGUUGUUUCUCAGCUCGUGGAGAGUAAGAGUAAACAGAUGGUUCAGAAGAAAUCGCCCACCAAAAGUGGUUCCAUGGCUAAGGAUCAAAGAUACAGUAGUACUAACAGUUUUAAAGAGUCCAGGAAAAACUCUGUACCCGCGGCGGUGGUCAUCCCAGCUUUCUCACCCACACCUUUCGUGUUCUGAUUUAUAUGUGGCUGUAAUUUUUUUUAUCAGUGUCUUGUAUUUGAUUCAUCUCGUAUUAUAUAUAUAUAUAUAUAUGCAUAAAAGCAAAG